AACAUUCAUGACAAAGACAUGAGACAUCAACAAAAUCAUUCUAUCAUGCAGUACAAUCCAUUUAAAGACAACAUUUUUGGGUUUGUUCUCCUGUCUGCAUGUUCAUCAAAAGAUGAGCAGAGAAGGAAAAGUAGGAGAAUCCGAUGUUUAAAACAAGUCGAUAGAAGACAAGUAGAUGUAUCAUUUUGCCUUGGUAACAAACCUGCGCCUAUUACAGCUAACUGCAAUUCAAAAUGCAAAUUAAGCUGGGAAAAGACAUGGGAAAGUGAAUGCUCAUCAUCCUGUGGCCUUGGAGAAAAGACACGAACAAUCAAAUGUAUUAAGAUGCCAAAGGGUCGAACCUCUGGAAUUAUUGUUGGCAAUGGUAACUGCUCACAUCUACAAAAACCACCACAAAGAGUUGUUUGUGAUGGACAAUGUCGCCAGAGAACUAAAUGGAUUUACUCUCGUUGGUCUGAGUGUUCACGAUCUUGUGGACAAGGUACACAGAGACGAAGUGCUUAUUGUAGUGAUGGCAACAGAUGCGAUACUUCAUCACGUGUUGUAGUGCAGACUUGUAAUGUUGGACCGUGUGCCAAUUGGGUUGUUUUAGAUUGGAGUUCGUGCUCUGUAUCCUGUGGUUCUGGAAUACAAAGUCGUAAUGUAGCAUGUAUGUACAGUGACAACCAGGAAACAUCUGGGAAUGAAUGUAACAUAAUUGAUAAGCCAGAUGAAGAGAAGUCGUGCCAUCAAUCGUGCAGAUCAAAAUGGAUCAGUGCUCCGUGGGGAGAGUGUUCCAAAACAUGUGGUGGUGGAAUCCAAGAACGUUUAGUAAGAUGCCAAGAUGAAGAUAGAACAUGUGAUGAGCAAACCAAGCCAUCAACUACUCAGAAAUGCAACAAUGAGCCAUGUGCAACCUGGAACUAUGGAGAAUGGGGAGAGUGUUCUCAUAGUUGUGAUGGAGGACAUAAAUCGCGGGCAAUCGCCUGUGUUGCAGAAGACGGAAGAACAAUUGACAUGAACAAGUGUGACCCCAGGCAAAUACCAGCAGACAAGAUGCUGUGUAACACACAUGCC